AUGGAGGAAAACGGUGAAAUGAAAUUUCAUAUUGAGACACUAAACACAAUGCGUGCUAAAUAUAAAGGAAAUACAAGACCUAAACGUUCGAACUCGUUAUAUUGCAGUUACCAAAAAGUGUAUAAAUUAGAUCAAAAACGUCAAAAACGUCAAAAACGUUCCAACUCAUUACCCACAAAUUUUGGAAAUGGACAUAAAAACUUUUCUGAAUCAGGUUUUAAUAAAUGCUCCUCACUUUAUUAUGGAUGUUAUAAUGAUAUAAACGACCAAGUUCUUAGGGCAUCACAUAUGAUUAAUCCGAUUAAUCCAGACUAUUUGUCAUUCAAUGAUAAUGUUGACAUUUCAUUAUGUGUUGAUAAUUUAUCGAUCACCUCGCAUGUGGAAAAUUCUAUUGCCAGAGGCGGUAAUGCUCUCGAACAAUUAGCUUUAAACCAGGAAUUUAGUAUGAAUGACAUGUAUAAUACCAUUGAAUUGAACACGUCAGCCUUGCAGCUAUUUUACCAAAAUGGAGUUUUUAUUAUAUAA